AUGCCCGGUCUCCGCAUAGCCGUCGGCGGCGAUGACGCCGGUUUCGACUACAAGACUACCCUCGCCCAAGACCUCUCCACAGACCCAAGAGUAAGUGAGGUGAUAGACGUCGGCCCAAAGUCGUCCUCGGACAAGACAGCGUACCCCCAGUAUGCCAUCGCCGCGGCGGAGUUGGUGGCCCGCGGCGAGGCAGACCGGGCGCUGUUGGUCUGUGGCACCGGCUUGGGCGUCGCUAUCAGCGCCAACAAGGUGGCCGGUGUGCGGGCAGUCACGGCGCACGACAGCUUCAGCGUUGAGAGGUCGGUCCUAAGCAACGACGCCCAGGUGCUGUGUUUGGGACAGCGCGUUGUGGGGAUCGAGCUUGCGCGGAGGCUCGUGAAGGAGUGGUUAGGGUAUACCUUUGAUCCGAAAUCAGCAUCUGCGGCAAAGGUUCAAGCGAUAAACGAUUACGAUGCCAGGUCUUCUGUCAAGGCAUGA